UAGAACGGGGCCGAGUCGAUUAUCGACGUUACGUUCUGGAGCCCUGGCCAAACGAGUAGUUCGAACUGGAGGGUAGAUGAUGGCUCCACUCACAGCGACCACAUGGCGGUUCGCUACAGUAUCGGCUAUACGACCAGCAUUCAGCGGACGGAAGAAGAGGCGUGGCCUAGCCCUCGUAUGUGGAAGACAUCGUACUUCGACGACGAGGUGUUUAAGGAAGCGUUCCGCCGCGAGCACAAUACUCUCGGUCUGAGCGGCGAGCAGCUGGUAACAGUACUCUCGCGUGCAUGCGAUGCCACCAUGCCUAGGAAAGUCCACCCUAGGAAUGGCAGGCCACCGGCUUACUGGUGGACUCAAGUAGGAGGCGGAUGCAGCGAGCACGCACAGAAGAGGAGCGUGUUGAACGAUGGGUGGCGUUCGUGGCUGCUAGAGCCGCUCUGAAGACUGAGAUUAGAUCAAGCAAAAAGCCUGCUUCGAGGGCCUGUAUCAAAG